GUCAAGCUGUAACUGAUUUAAAAACCACUCACUGUAACCAUUGGUAGAUACUGAUUGAACAAGACCUACAACGGACAAAGGAAUUCUUUUCAAGCAUUAAGAAAACUCAUAUAUCAGUCCAAGAUUACAGAACAUGCAAUCCUUAUCAUCUAUUGGCACAGAGAGGAGCUACUUGGCCUGUCCUCCUCUUAAAUGUUAGAGAAAGUGUUGGAGGACUUUCCAGCAAGAGCUUGAUCUCAACUUCCAGCAUCACUUAACAGAAAACCAGGAAUCAUCCGACCAGGACUAAACUGACUGGACUGAUACCAGCUAUAUAGCUCUUGAAGAUCUCCGUAAGUAUAUUUUUAAAUCAUGACUGGCAGUGGAGGUCCCGUUGCGACGUUCUCAGUGUGGGACUAUGUGGUCUUUGCUGGGCUGAUCCUUUUUGCAGCUGGCAUUGGGUUGUUUCAAGCCAUCCGGGGAAGAAAGAACACCAGCAGCAGUGAGUUUCUACUGGGGGGUCGUCAGAUGACAGCAGUGCCUGUUGCUUUGUCCCUCACGGCUAGUUUCAUGUCAGGUAUCACAGUUAUUGGAACACCUGCAGAGGCUUACUUAUAUGGCACACCGUUUUGGCUCUUCGUCUUCUCCUAUACUAUCAUGUCAGCCAUCAGUGCGGAAAUCUUCGUGCCUUUGUUUUACCGCCUGGGCAUCACCAGCACAUAUGAGUACUUGGAAAUGCGUUUCAGCAAGCUCAUACGAAUCAUUGGAACAAGCAUGUAUAUUGCUCAAACUGCUUUAUACACAGGCAUGGUUAUCUACGCACCUGCGCUCGCCCUUAAUCAGAUCACUGGUCUGGAUCUUUGGGGAGUGCUGGUGGCAACAGGGGCUGUUUGCAUCAUCUACUGCACCCUAGGAGGGCUGAAGGCAGUGAUAUGGACAGAUGUAUUCCAGAUGGUCAUUAUGUUGGCUGGGUUUGUGGCGGUUAUUGCUCGUGGGUCUGUACUACAGGGGGGACUUGGAAAGAUCUGGAAUGAUAGCUACCAUGGUGGGCGUUUGGAAACGUUCAGUUUUGAUCCUGACCCUUUGAAGCGUCACAGUUUUUGGACAAUCGUUGUUGGUGGCAGUCUGAUGUGGACAUCAAUGUACUCGAUCAACCAAUCGCAGGUCCAACGCUACAUUUCCUGUAAGACAAUGACUCAGGCCAAGCUAUCUCUGUAUGUGAAUAUGGUGGGAUUAUGGGUCACAGUGAGUUUGGCCAUGCUUUCUGGUCUCACUAUGUACUCCAUCUAUAAAGACUGUGAUCCUUUCACAAACAAAGAUGUAGGAGCCACAGACCAGCUCCUUCCUUAUCUGGUGAUGGACAUACUAGCAGAUUUUCCAGGAAUGCCUGGCUUGUUUGUGGCAGCAGCAUACAGUGGCACAUUGAGUACAGUGUCAUCCAGUAUAAACGCUCUGGUGGCAGUCACAGUGGAGGACUUUUUGAAACCUGCUUUUCCCUGGCUGACGGAGAAACAGCUGUCCUGGAUCAACAUGGGCAUGAGUGUAUUCUAUGGAGCUGUAUGCAUUGGUAUGGCUGGUAUUGCCUCUUUGAUGGGCAAUAUAUUGCAGGCUGCUCUAUCCAUAUUUGGUAUGAUCAGCGGCCCUCUCUUGGGCCUGUAUCUGCUCGGCAUAUUCUUCCGCUGUGUGAACUCCAUUGGAGGUUUAGUUGGAUUGAUUUGUGGCCUGGCUAUAACAUUAUGGGUUGGGAUUGGAGCUCAGUUAUAUCCACCUUUACCUGAGAAGACCCUUCGCCUUCCGUUGAGUGUGGAGGGCUGCAUCUCAUGGGACAUGAACCAAACAACCACUAUGACACCAAUCAGUACUGUCCUGCAAACCACAACUGCAAACCCAAGACCAGCUUUGGCAGACAGCUGGUAUUCUCUGUCCUACCUGUACUUCUGCCCUGUAGGCAUACUGGUGACCAUGAUCACAGGACUAACAGUUAGUGCAAUAUCAGGUGGCUGUAAACAGGAGAAACUUCGACCUGAACUGUUUAUCAGAAAGUCAGAUCUCCUUUACUUUGGCUGCAGUAGAGAAGACACAGAGAAGUCCAAGUCAGACCUAAUUGAAAAAGAGCCAAACCACAUGCAGGGGCUGGACAGUCCAGUUUUCUAUGACAAUGAAAUUGCACUGACAGAGAAAGACUGAUUUUAGAUAUAAUACAGUAACAUUUUACAAUAAGAUUCCAUUUGUUUAUAUUUAACACAGUUAACAUGAACCAACAAUGAACAAUCAUUUUACAGCAUUUAUUAAUCUUGGUUAAUAUUAAUUUAAACAUAUAUGUUUAAAUCAAAAGUUGUAUUAACCAUGAACUAACAUGAACUAAAAAUAGAACAAUUGUAUUUUUAUUAACUAACUAAUAUUGUUCAUUGUUAGUUCAUGAUACCUAAUACAUUAACUAAUGUUAACAAAUGGAACCUUAUUGUACAGUGUGUUACCAAUAAUACACUCAUUUGAUUUUUUGAUGUUGUAAAUAGUAAACGGUAACUGUAUUUUUGUAUGUUAAAAUUGCUGAUGCUCCAAGUGAUGAUGAAAAAAAAUGUAAUCAACAUAAAAGAAUAAAAAAAAUAUUGAUAAACAUGUCUAUUUAUUUCCAUUGUUCUAAUUAAGCCUGUUUUUGUGAUUGAGUUGCUUGUUUUGAAUAAUUUACAGAGAAAUAAUAAAGAUUAUGCAUUCAAUUUGAACUGUUUGAGAACUGUAAUAUCUGCACUAAUAAAA